AUAGAUAAAACGGGAAAACAUUCCCUCUGCGCAGGGAAUCGAACGCAGCGAUGUGCAUUGAUCACAAGAGGUUCUACAAGUAAUUUCAAUGUCCAAGAAAUGUUCGAAUCACUGAAAAAGAACAUCCAGUCUGUCCAGGAUGGCAUUACUGCAGGACUUCAAAGACUGUCGGUGGGGGAGAAAUCGGCUACAACCCCCACGGAGUCCAAUGUCAACUUGGCCGCCGGCGAAGACCUCCUGCAGAUGUACCAGACACAGUGGGCAACCAUGCACCACAUGGCCGAACAGAAUGCAAAGCUGGCGCAGGAUAUUGACACUGCAAUAACAACCCUGACACAUGAGUGUGAGAACCAGCAUGGCCAAAUGGCAGAAAUCCAUUCCCUCUUGGCACAUUUGCCAAACAUCAUGGCCCAACUACACUCAAUGCUGGCCACUAUUGGAUCUCUGAGGGGACUCUUUGAGGAAGUGGAAGGAGGUCUCCUGGCCCUCGAAGACCUGGAGGAGGACCUUGCGCUGCAGGAGAAGACCCUCGACCUCCGCCUGAGUCUGGCGUUGUCCAGGGAGAAGCACAACCAUCGGCUCAACGCACUCAGAACUGAGUUGUCAGUGACACACCAGGCCAAGAUGGUGGCCCUGGAGCAGCACCAGGAGACGCAGCGCAAGGAGAGGGAACAGGUGUUCUCCGAGCAGUUCACAGAAGACCUCAAGAACUACAAGGAGCGGGGCGUUGUGACCAGAAGAAUCUCGAGCAGCGAGGACGAGCAGGGCCUCAAGCUGGAGGAGGUGGACUUGGAGCAAGACACGAGUGAACUAGACCAGUUCCUAAAUGACCCGGCCUGAGGCGCCUCCUGUCUCACUGCUCAAAUGCGUAGUUGGACUCGGCUCUGUGUCUAGGGUACGGCAGGGUUUUUUUCUUUUUCUUUUUUUUUUAUGGCAUGAAUACUUAAAAAGAGUGUUUGUGCGAGUGUGAUGGAUCGUCGUAAAAGGGUUGUUAUGUGGAGUGGGUUUCUUUAUUUCCUUCUUUCUUUCUCUCUUUCUUUCUUUCACAUUUUUUCUCUAUUACUCAGUGUCAGGAAUUAAGAUCAGUUUUUUUUCUUUCUUUCUUUCUAUUUUCUCUCUCUUCUGCCUUUUUUUUUUUGUGUGUUAAAAUUUGGGAAAGGUAUUUCCAAAAAGCAUCAGCAGACAAGCCAAAUCUUGGAAGAGGUGUUAUGUGGAUGGACAGAGCUUCACUUUUGAGAAUUUCAAGAAAAAUAUUAGAAAAUAAGGAUAGUCUAGCAUGUGUUAUAAUUUGACACUUUAUACUACUGCAUUAAUGUUGUGUUGAUGGAUAUUGAGUAAUUACUUGUGUUACUCCCUUGUGAUCAAUGUCUGAUGUAAAUGCGCGAAUAUAGUCAUUUGAAAGAUUAUAAUUAGCUGAAUUACAUAUUGCACAAUUAUCUUCUUUUCUCUUGCUGCUUGAUAAAAGUAGUUUCUCAUAAUUUUCAUUAAUGGCUUCCAAACUGGUUUACAAAGGUAUUUAGUUGCACAUUAUUUUAUGCAUUGGCCAUUAAGCUUGCUCUCUCGGUAUUGCUUUUGUUCUUUGGUUCUUCUUCCUCUUCUUUCCUGUUCUUUCCUUCUCUCACUCUUAUUUAAGUCAGUUAUCUGCUUUAAUCCAUCCAGUGAUCCCUCCAGCAGCCUCCCUCCUUCACAAGUGUUGCUUCUACGUGUUAUUUUUGUCAUACUGUGAUCAUUUUUUUAGAUUUGAAAACAUAGGAACAUGUGGGUAUGUGUCU